GUUUCCCAUCUUAGAUCUGAUUUGAAUUGAUGGUGAGAGGAAGCAUAAGGUAUAUCUCAUUCUGUUUGGACUCCUUGUUUACAGAAGAAUGAUGGAGAUGCUAUUAAGCACAAAGAGGAUCACCAUAUGCCUGUUUUUCUUUGUACUGAAUUUGGCAGCAGCUAUUGAAAUACCGUUAUCAGUUGCACAGCUUCCAACAAUCAAGGAGCAAUCUGAAACCCAGGUUGCCUACCCUUUUGAUGAGAACUUUACAAUUAAAUGUGAAGCCAGCGGAAACCCGCAGCCCACUUUCAACUGGACAAAGGAUGGAAAACCAUUUGAUCUGUUAUCUGAUCCCAGGAUAAUCACACGUAACAACUCUGGGACAUUUGUGAUUCAGAACCAUGGAAUCAUCACCAAUUUUCAAGGGAAAUAUCGUUGCUAUGCAUCCAAUGUGCUGGGAACUGCCAUGUCAAAAGAAAUUGAACUCAUUGUUCCAAGUGUACCGAAAUUCCCUAAAGAAAAAAUUGAGCCCCUUGACGUGGAGCAUGGUGAUUCUGUGAUCUUGCACUGUAACCCUCCAAAAGGGAUCCCACCUUUGCAUAUCUAUUGGAUGAAUAUUGAUUUGCAGCACAUUCCUCAAGAUGAAAGGGUCUCCAUGAGCCUUAAGGGAGAUCUCUACUUUGCAAAUGUGGAAGAAAAUGACAGCCGAAGUGAUUAUUGUUGCUUCGCAGCAUUUCCAAAACUGAGGACAAUUGUACAGAAAAUGCCAAUGACACUGAAGGUUUCCCGUUCAAAUUUUAUUAAAGAAAGAAAACCCAAACUGCUGAUCCCUCCUGAAUCUGCUGGCAGCAGCUCAUCAGUCACUGUUAUCAAGGGAGGUGUCCUGCAACUCGAGUGUAUUGCUGAAGGGCUCCCAACUCCUCAUCUAAGCUGGGUCAAAGUUACUGAUAACUUGCCCAAGGACAAACCUGUAACAGAUAAAUUUGGGAAGGUGCUGAAGAUAGAAAACGUGUCUGCAGCUGAUGAAGGAACCUACCACUGCACGGCAAGCAACCCUGUGGGCAGAGCAAAACAUGAAUUCCAUGUUCAUGUAGAAGAGCCUCCUCGGUGGAUUAAGGAGCCCAGAGGUGGUGUUUACAGCUUAGGAGAGAAUCUUUUGCUGCUUUGUGAGGCCAUCGGCAACCCAGAGCCAACCAUUCAGUGGAAACUUAACGGGAUGCCCAUUGAUAGUAGGACCUUCAGAGGGCGAAUCUCUGAUGGGGAGCUCAGCCUUACCAACCUUCAGCUUCAGGACACUGCUGUGUACCAUUGUGAGGCCAGUAAUAAGCAUGGUACCCUCCUUGCUAGUGCCAACGUGAAUGUCCUCAAUAUUGCUCCCUUAAUCCUGACUUCAGAUGGUGAAAACUAUGCUGCAGUUGUUGGUUACAGUGCCUUCCUGCACUGUGAAAUUUUUGCCUCACCUGCAGCAGAUGUUAGAUGGACUAAGGAUGAUAGCAUAGAGCCACUCUCAACGUUACGCUAUGAAUUAAAUAAAAAUGGCACCCUAGAAAUCAAAGAAACAAAGAAGGAAGAUUCGGGAUCGUACGCCUGCUGGGCUGCAAAUUCUGUUGGAAAAAGAGCAAUCACAGCAAAUCUGGAUAUAAGAGAUGCUACAAAAAUUGUCAUUACUCCGAAGAACCCCCAAGUGUUGAAAUCACAUUCAAUUUUAUUGAAAUGUCAGUCUGAGUAUGAUUCACACUUGAAAAACAGCUUCAAAUUAUCCUGGAGGAAAGAUGGAUAUGAGCUGUCAGUCAGCAGCAUUCAAGACAGCAGGAUAAUUAUGGACAUGGACACGCUGUUCAUAUCAAAUGUGAUGCUGGAGGAUCAAGGCAUUUACACAUGUGUGGCUAGCACUUCUCUUGACAGUGUCACCGCCAAAACGCGGUUGAUUGUUCUUGAUGUUCCUGACCCACCGGAAGACCUGCAGCUCUCAGAACAUCAAAACCGAAGUGUUCGACUGUCUUGGAAAGCUGGGGCCAGCCACAACAGCCCCAUUAACGAGUCGAUUAUAGAGUUUGAAGAGAGCCGGUGGGAGCCAGGGAGGUGGCAGGAGCUGGCCCGAGCCCCAGGGAACACUACCACCACCCUCUUGUCCUUGGUCCCAUACACCAAUUACCAGUUCCGUGUCAUAUCUGUGAAUGCUGUCGGAAGGAGCCAGCCCAGUAAACCAUCGCUGCGCUACGUGACACCUCCUGCUGCUCCAGACAAGAACCCAGAAAACAUCCGAGUUGAAGCUUCUGAACCAAACGAAAUGGUGAUGAAAUGGGAGCCACUGAAGUCCACGGAGCAAAAUGGGCCGGGGCUGGAGUACAAAGUCAGCUGGAGGCAGCGGGGUGUUGAGACUGAAUGGAAUGAGGAGACAGUGAAGAAGCACUCCCUGACCCUGAGGAACACCCCCACCUUCGUGCCCUACGAGAUCAAAGUCCAAGCAAUAAAUAAUUUAGGAGCUGGGCCCGAACCAAAUAUUACCACUGGAUAUUCGGGAGAGGACAUUCCAGAUGCUGCUCCUUCCGGCGUCUCGGUGGAUAUUGUCAACAGCACGCUGGUCAAAGUCUUCUGGUUUGGAAUACCAAGGGACAGAGUUCGUGGACAUUUAAGAGGCUAUAAGGUCAGCUGGUGGAAAACAAAAAGCUUGCUGGAUGGAAAAAGGCAUCAUCCGGAGAAACACUUCCUGACGUUUGUAGGAGACAGAAACUACGGGAUGAUCCCUGGUUUGGAGCCCUUCAGCGAAUUCCGCUUGACUGUGCUGGCAUACAACUCCAGGGGUGAUGGACCAGAAAGUGCUCCUGUGGUGUUUGAAACUCCGGAAGGAGUCCCUGAACAGCCCCGUUUUCUGAAGAUCAUGAAUUUUGACAAGGACUCUGUCACCCUAUCGUGGGGACUUCCCAAGAGAGCCAAUGGUCACAUUACUGGCUACAUUUUGCAAUACCAGAUAAUAAACGAAACGCAUGAGAUUGGGCCUCUGAUGGACAUCAGCGUGGCCAACCACACCACGCUGAGCUGGAGGCUUAUGGACCUCAGCCCCAGCACCAAGUACAAGUUCUACGUCAAGGCCUGCACAGCCAAGGGCUGUGGGAAGCCGGUGACAGAAGAAGGGCUGACAGUGGCUCAAGGGAGUAAAGGGAUCGGCAAGAAUUCAGAAGCAGUAAACCCCACCCAAAAGUUUCACCCCAUUGAGGCACUUGAGCCUGGAACUGAAUAUACAGUUCGUCUAGUGACUAAGAAUUGGGUUGAUAACAAUAGCAUUUUUGAAGAUGUAAUUGAGACGAGGGGGAGAGCCUAUGCAGGCAUUUACGAUGGGAUUUCCACCCAGGGCUGGUUUAUUGGACUGAUGUGUGCCAUUGCCUUGCUCACUCUGAUGCUGCUAACUAUUUGCUUUGUCAGAAGAAAUAAAGGAGGAAAAUACUCAGUGAAAGAAAAAGAAGAUUUGCAUCCAGACCCUGAAGCUCAAUCAAUAAAAGAUGAAAUCUUUGGGGAAUAUAGUGACAGCGAUGAAAAGCCGCUGAAAGGCAGCCUGCGGUCCAUUAACGGGGACAUUAAAGCCACCGAAAGUGCUGAUAGUCUGGUAGAUUAUGGAGAAGGGGAGCACGGGAUGUUCAAUGAAGAUGGUUCAUUUAUUGGAGCUUAUUCUGGAUCUAAGGAAAAAGGAUCAGUCGAAGGCAAUGGGAGCUCUACAGCAACUUUUCCUCUCCACGCAUAAAAUUCUAGUGAGAAGAUUCAUGUUUAAUUGUGAUAUUUAUAUUGAUCAGUACUCCACAGUUACCAGAAGGGAUUGGAAGCAGGUUGCCAACUGAGCAAGACUGACAUCAGGUAACGGGGAAAAAAGUCACUGCCACUAAGAGAUGAUUUUCGAGACUUUUCCAUCCUAACUUUUAGGUAUUUUCUUCUAAUUGAAACAAAACAAAGCAUUCUUUAUUAUACAAAAUAUGUCAGUCUUACCAAAACAGAGUUUCUCAGCGUCACAUACGUAUAAUUAACUGCUACUCCAUGUUUCUUACGUUUGUAAUGUGGUUCUCUGUAUAGUAUUGUUUUUUUUUUCCUUCUGUGGCUGUUGUCACUUUGUACAUACAUUUAUGCGUGGUAUUCCCUCGUGUAUCAUGAUCUCAGUAUUACAGAGGUCAGAACACAGCAAGGAACGUGAGCAAAAGCGCAGGGUACUCUGCAUAGUGGCACAAUGCAUCCUACUGAGAAAAAUGAUAUUUUAAAACACUGGAGAAAAAUAUUCUCUAUAUUGUAUAAUAUUUUCGUACAGGCAUAAACUCCUUUGCUUAUGAUACUCUAAAAUUGUUUUAGUGGUUACAGCUGACUGCAAUUACCAGUACUUUGAGAUGCAACUUUUUCCACAGAAAAUUUGUUCUCGGAAGACGAAGCUCUGGCCUUGUGGAUGAUGUGUCCAGUAGCUGGCACUAUUUCCUUAAAUAAGUUAAGCUGCAGUAACUUUCCUGUGGCAAGGUGAAACAGGGUUCCCAUCCACUGUCAUUAGAAAGAAUUUUCAUUUGUUUUCCUCAGUCUCUGCAAGCUGCAUUUCUAAGCAAAGUGCUUUGUCCGUCUCAUAUCUGUAUAUCUGUGUGCUAGCAUACAUUUCAUGGAGAUGUUGUACAGAUGAUAUUAAUAGUGACACAAGUGAAAAUCAGCCUUGUUUUCUUUUGAAAUGAGACAUGUUGCUAGCAUGGGUCUGUAUAGCUGUGUAGGAAUAGAAUUGCUUCUCAGUAUGACUUUCAACCAGCAAAACAGGAUUUCAGCAGAGUUGUGUGUAUACCGGUCAUAUAAGUCUUCUUUUUAGUAUCCCAUAAAAUAGAUCUACUGACUUUCAAAAGAUUGUUUAUUUUCAAAUUAUUCAUUGUUAAAUAAACAGAAGCAAAAGCAAAGAGAAAAUACUACAGUACAGUUUCUUUAUAUUGUGUUUACUUAAUGCUGGUUUAAAUCUGGUUCUGUUCUUUGCCAGUGCUUCCCAUGACUAAAUCAGCAAAGCUGCCCAGCACGUUUUUUUGGUCUUUUUGUAUUG